UUGAUUUCUCCUUGAAAAUACUGAUAAAAGGAUGAGUGGUUCAUUAAUUGGCUUUAAACUAUUAAGCUGUUUGUUUACAUAGUUUUUACAACAACAAAAAAAUCUGAAAUUAUUAAGAAAUCACUUAAAGGUAAAUCUAUGUUACUAUUUCAGGUAAAGAUGUAACUUCAUUUUCUAGACAGAUUAAGAAGUGUCAAUGUGUCUUUAUAUUCUGAAUUGGGUGUGAUUUUGCAGUCCAGCCCUUGACUAUGAAGUCAGUCACCUCCCCCUCAUCAUGUGUGAAUAGCUUAGUCUAUGGAGGGAUGUAACUGCUGACCACUGUAUAAAAGGCCAGCGCAACUCCACACUUUAAGCAUUCUCUACAAGCAGUGAACUGCACUAGAUUGAUCCUGCUCUCCAACAGCUGGGGUGACUUAAACAUUAAGAAGGUAUUAUAUUGAGAUGGGCAGGUUUACUACAUGGGUGCUCUGUGCCAUGUUAAUAGUCCUGGUGGAAGGAUUUACUCAUGAAGAUAUGAAAGAUGCCAUGCUAAAGAAACUGGGGCUAAAUGAGGUGCCCAAAAUCCAGAAGAGGGACUUGGAGAAUUUGGUCAUCCCUGCACACAUCAAGAACAAGUACAUGUCUAUGCUCAACCUUCACAAUGCAAGGAAGAGGAGAUCCCUGCCCAGUCUGGCUGGGAUCUUAAGAGGAAUUCCAGGAAAUGCAGAUAUAUCUGGAGAAAUUCUGUAUUCAGACACCACCCGCCAGAGAAUGGUUUUUGAUAUGCAAGCCAGAAUCCCAGAAAACAGUGAAGUCACAAUGGCAGAACUCAAACUAUUCAAGAAGGCACCCCAAAAGCUGCCUUUGUCUGACAAAAGGAGCCACAGGCCUGUCAAUAAUGCUAGAGUCAGUGUCUACUGGGUUGAAAUUCUGGCAGAUGGAUCCAACAGAACUUCAUUGGUGGACUCUAGGUUGGUGCCCAUUCAUGAAACUGGCUGGAAAAGCUUUGAUGUAACACAAGGGGUCCAAUACUGGCUUAAAACCAGCAGAGACGCCCCCAUGUACUUAGAGAUCUGGAUUGAAGGAGAGAGACCCGGAAGUUAUGCUGCUGAGAUGGCCAAAUGUGUACGAUUCACAUCUCAAGGCCCGUCAGACAGAACUUUGGGGAAACCUGAACUGGUCCUCUACACUUUGAAUCUUGAAGAGUUCGGCUCUCGUGGCGACUGUGAAGAAAGUACUGCAAAGAAAAACAAUGUCUGCUGCAGGGAGGAAUAUUUUAUUAACUUCAGGGAGCUCACCUGGACUCAAUAUUGGAUCAUCGAGCCAGCCGGUUACCAGGCAUUCCGCUGCGCAGGAGGAUGCAAACAGCCAAAGAAUCCACUUCGUCACUAUGGCUAUGGAGAACGGACUUGUGCUGUUGUUGAAAGCACCCCGCUGCCCAUGAUGUACCUGGUGAAAAAAGGAGAAUACACCGAAAUUGAAGUAGCAGAAUUCCCUAAUAUGAUAGUCGAAAAGUGUGGCUGUACAAUGGACAACAUAUCAGUUGUUUAA